UAAUAUCCUCGGAAGAAAGGUAUUCUAAGCCAUGUGUCAUUAACUAUUGAUGCUAGUUCAGCCGGAGCGAUCAGACGCGAAGUGUAAACAAAAGCGGACGGAGAUUAGAGUUUGUUAUGAAUAUGCGGUAGACGAUGCUGACAUCCAGUCACUGAGAUAGCGUGCGCGCGCUUUAAAUUACCCAUCUCUAUGUCUGGAACGCCGUUUCCAAACACAGUCGUGAAGGGAUCAGUCUGGUUGUUAUAGUUCGACGCUAUGCAUCAACCGAGUUACCACGCUGCCGGCGAAUAGCAUUCAAAGCCAAUAGGAACGGACCAAUUGGAAAAAAAACAUUUUCACGUAAUUCCUCGCUUAAUAAGGACUACAGCUGGACUAGAAACAUGGCGGAUUGGAAUAGGGAUAAAACAGAAUUAUUGGAUAAAUGUAUGUUGGCGAUGAAGGAGGAUUUGGCUCCAUGGAUGUCGCGUAUAUCUGGCUCGGAGAUAACGGUAGAGACGUUGAUGGAAGAUCUCGAUACAGGAGUGGUAUUGUGUAGGCUAGCUAACGUGAUCCAGAACACAGGAGAAGAAUUCCUUCACCGGCACUCGUUUAUUCCUCGAAAUAACUUUCCUCCUUGCGGAGUAACGUACAAAGAGAGAACAGGUUUCCACGGUUCAUUUAUCGCCAGGGAUAACGUGGCAAAUUUUAUUCGCUGGUGUCGAGAGUUGGGAGUAUCGGAUGUGAUAAUGUUUGAGACGGAAGACCUUGUCCUUCACAAGAACGAAAAAUCUGUUAUUUUGACCCUUAUGGAAAUGGCGCGCUUGAGCGUAAAAUUCGGACUUGAACCGCCGGAUUUGGUCCGAAUGGAGAACGAGAUAGACGAAGAAAUAAAACAGCAACCAGAGGAGGUUAUAGCGGAACCGGUGAUUCGUUUACAGAGGAAGAAUAAAUCGCACAGUCUAGAUGAUUUGGUUUACCAAGUAUUAGAGCAGUGCACAUGCCCUGUGCGGUACCCAGUGUUCCGUGUCGGGGAAGGAAAAUACAGAGUUGGCGAGGCAAAGUCACUCAUAUUCGUCAGGGUCAUGCGCAAGCACGUAAUGGUUCGAGUUGGCGGGGGUUGGGAUACUCUGGAGAGAUAUUUCGAGAAACACGAUCCAUGUAAAAUAACAGAGAGACAGAGGAGAAACUCCGUUAAAUCUCCUCGGUCGCGUAGUGGAAGCGAUGUGAUGGGCAGAUCGCCAAGCUCUAUGAGUUUAUCCAGUUCAGACAGCCACGAUUCAUGUGGUCUGCCUGUGUCUCACGGACGCGCCCAGUCAUGGAGUUCUCCUCACAACUCUUCUUCACAGCUAAAGAGUCCACGAGAUCCUGUGAGACAAGUUACUAGCAGGUCUCCCUCCAGAAGCCCUUCACCUUCAAGUUCUCCAAGGCUGCAGCCGCGUCAAAGACGAGACACAUUAUCACGUGACACACCGCCCAGAACCAUCGAUACACAGGCCCGUGGGCGGCUGACAAGAAAAAGCAAAAGCAUGCAAGAAUUAAACCUUAGUCCUUCUUAUUAUAAACCGACUUCGUCAUCCAUACGAAGGCAAAGUGUAUCAGCAAGUGACAGCGCAUCCAAGGGGGCAAAUGCCCCUGAACAAUCUCGCAGAAAAAGCGUUGCGACCACUCCCCGAAAAUCAUCCAUAACCAGGGCACGAGGUGAAUCUCCUAGCGCUAGAAGUCGCUUAAGCCAGAGUGGCCCUGUUGACUCUCAAAGGCCGAGGUCUGCUGGGGUGGGAGUAUCUAGAAGCGCCUCCUUCGGCUCUAGACCACGCACCUUGAUACCUGUAAUGGAACCUCGCUCUAAAACUAUGGCCAGCUCACAGCCAGCAAGGGAAACGCAGAGACGGGGGUCCCCUGCCAUACCCGGAAGAGCUGAUAAUAGGGAGGAAACACAAAAGAGGGAGCUUAGUGCUAGGCGCCGGUCAUCUUCAGUUGCAACAGUUGGAAAGGCUCGGUCACCUAGCUCACCUAAGCCUGCGCAGAGGUCAACGGAAGAAAAACAAGAGAGGAGAGGGAAGCCCAUUACAUCGAAGAUACCCAGCCACCAGCACAAACCAGAUCAGCAGGCCACUAGAAAAAUAUCAACAGGAAGUACACAUAGGACUUUGCCAUCCACACCGAGGGAAAGAAAGCCUUCCACGGCACGCGAGAAUGGCCUUCAAACUAAUGGCAUUAAAGCAGAUCCAAAAGGCGGGCAGGUGAAAGACAGAGGAAAACUUCAGCCAACGCCGCCUUCUCCUCGAAAGGAGCUUGUAAGUAAACCAGCCAUUAAAGAUUAUAACAACGGGAAGGCGACAAAAAAGAUCACGAAAACUCGUGAGGAGAAAAAGGGAAGGGAACUUGGAGGUGUGCGAAAUGAAAAAGAUGAAAUUGAGGACGACCAGUUGAGUAAUACAGCAUUUGAAGAUAGCACCCCUGUUGUUAAUGAUGGUGAACUAAAUGGGCAACAUGAUAAUUCAAGUGAACAUUUUAAGGCGAUCGAUGAAAGUUCUCUUGCAAGAGAUAUCUCCUCGCCAGAUGAAAGGCCUUUUGAAAAUCUUUCUGUGAAUGGAAAGCGGGAAAUGUUGGAAUGUUCUUUCGAGACUGACAGUGAUGUCACCAGCGACCUUUUAAGCGACUUGACCGACAUCGAUUACGAUCUGAGGAGUCAGCGGUACUCAGGUCUCUCCGAAGCGUCAAGUGACCUCUCAUUUGGGACCAGUCCUGCUUCUAGAUUAUUUCACUCGGUAGACCUGGAACGGAAUACCUUGGAAACCACUAUGGAGCCAGAGAACUCGCAAUCAGGACACUCUCAGCAGUCACUCAGAGAUUGCCUGUUCAAUUUGAAUCUACAAGGCUCGGUGACUCCCACAAUGAAAAGGCGCAUUUUUGAGGAUGCAUCUGCAAAAGACACCAACGAAGAGCCUCCAGACAAAGUGGAUGGACCGUUGUUACAACCUCAGGACAAAGCUAUGUUCUUUGAUGUCGAGAAGUCACGCAAUGACCGAUCUCCAGAUGAAGAAGACUCCACUAGUGGGUCUCCUAAAAGGUGGUCACUCGUCCAGUCCCUCAUAAGUAGUAUCGAAAAACGAGGUAAUAAUAAAAAUGAUUCUCCCAGAGGAAAAAAGAAUUUUGCAGCGGUUGGCAAAACUUCUUACGUCAUCAGCGCUGGUAAACACAAAUUAGACAAAUCAACGGUCGGCGUGCAGUUGGACAAGGGUAAUUACCAGGCCCCUCGCGUCAGGUCUCCAUCACCCGACGAGCUUAUCAAGGACGGUUCUCCUGGAAACGAUGAAAUAGAAACUGAACAUUGCGUUAUCACACCUGAUGAAGAAAAUGACUCUCCGCGUGAUCAACCAGUGUAUGACAUCAACAAGAACGUCUCGAACUCAAACUCCCACGGAAGCGCCGAAAUCUUAACAAGUCCUAAACAGAUUCCGGGAGAGAAACCAUUCGAGAAUUCCAAUGUCAAAACGAGAAAGUCGUCAUCGACAUCAUCGUCGCGGGAGAAGAGAAGAAAAGAUAAAGAAAUCGAUGCGUUUCCACGACCUCAGCGUCAGUUUACUCUUGAGGAAAUGAUCGCAGAUAUGCUUCCUGCUGAUGGAGAGUUAUAGGAGACUGGGGACCAGCGUGCGUUGUCACCCGAGCCUCGGUUUCAAGCUUGGUUAUAA